AUGGAAAUUAUUUUCUCGAAACGAUUCAUUUUACUGAUUUUAAUCACUUCAAGCUUAUUAACAUCAAAGAUCUUUUGCGCAGAUGAAUUAAUGAUGUUCAGUCUUCACAGCAAAGAAAAUUACAACAGAUAUUCUGAGCCUAAUCUGCCCCAAAGGUUUGGAAGAAUGACAACAGCCAAAAGUGUCCCCAAGACACUGAGUGAUUUGCAUCAACCACCUACGCAUUCACCACCUGCCAGUGAGUUACUUUACUUCGUGACCUGCCAGUGCCAAGAAAUCCAGAAUCCUGAUCAAAAACAACCAAGGAGACUGGCAUUCAAGAAAAUAAAUGGUGCAGAAUUGAAACAGGAAAAAUAAGGAAUCUGGAGCCUGUCCCUAAAGAUGGCAUAAAGCUGUGGCCUCUACAGUGAAGACAAAGAAGAGUGGCUGCACUCAUCUGAUGGGUUAUGUACCACCGAUGGCAAUUUUCCAUUGUCAGUACAGCUGGUGUCUUGAAAGUUAUUCUAAAAAAAUUUUUUUAAGAAUAUUUGUAAUGUGAAGUUGAAAUGAUUU